UACGUUAAUCUACUGGAAGUUAUAUGACUGACAGCUGGAAAGCAAACAUUCGCGUCUGAAUCCAUGCUCGCUCCUCCCUUACGGGCCCUCGACGGCCAAUAGCGAGGCGCUCCUGUAGAUAGACCCCACCGUGUCUCCCUCCAGCUCCAGUCCCCGCAGAGUAAAAGUCACGUUGGAAGGAAAAGGGGAGAGAGAUAUCUACUUACAGCUGCUGUCAGAUAUCCGAUCGCAUUCGCAUGGCGAGGAGGUAACCUGAUCGAGCGGGGAGGAGUGACUUUACCAGGGAAGGCUUGAACCAAAAAAAAAAAAUGUCUUCUUCUUCUGCCGGAGAAGUCACAACAGCAAAUGACAUCAAGAGGGAAAAUGUGAAGGAGGUGGAUACGCGGGAGUGCAUCAAGCUUGUGGCGCUGGACGCGGCGGAGUUGCCCAUGGAGCGCACGACUCCCAGCACUGACGCGGUGCGCACUGAGCUGUUGGUGAAUGCCGCUUCCUCUCUUGCUUUCUCCCCGGAGCAAGUGGCGUGUGUCUGCGAGGCACUGCAGCAGGGAGGCAAUGUGGACCGGCUGGCCAGGUUCCUGUGGUCCCUGCCACAGAGUGACCUGCUACGGGGCAACGAAAGCAUCCUGAAAGCUCAAGCCCUCGUAGCUUUCCAUCAGGCUCGGUAUCAGGAGCUGUACAGUAUUUUGGAGAACCACAGUUUUAGUCCGUCCAACCACACCUUUCUGCAAGAUCUGUGGUACAAAGCGCGGUACACCGAGGCGGAGAAGGCGCGGGGUAGACCCCUGGGCGCAGUGGACAAGUACCGAAUCCGGAGAAAGUAUCCUCUCCCCAGGACUAUCUGGGACGGCGAGGAGACUGUUUAUUGUUUCAAGGAGAGGUCGCGGAACGCACUGAAGGAUCUGUAUAAUCAAAAUAGGUACCCGUCUCCAGCGGAGAAAAGAAAUCUCGCCAAGAUAACCGGACUCUCCUUGACCCAGGUCAGCAACUGGUUCAAAAACAGGAGACAGAGAGACAGAAACCCGUCGGAAGCACAAUCAAAAAGUGAAUCAGAUGGAAACCACAGCACAGAGGAUGAGUCCAGUAAAGGCCAAGAGGAGCUGUCUCCUCGUCCUCUCUCCAAUUCUUCAGAUGGGGUGAUAACCCACGGGAACCUUCCUAUUCAGACGGGACCUCUGGACAGUGGGGUGGUCAUCCAACAGAUCGGGGACAUCAAGAUGCCUCCUGGAUCCAGCAGUGGCGGUCUCUACAAUGGAAGUCUAGUGACCAGUAACACGCCCUCUACUGUAUUUCACAAUGGUGGAUCAUCUUACCUCCACUCACCUGGAAACAUCCUCUUCAACGGGCUCAAUUUGGGCAUCCAGCCCCUGGCAUUUAAUCCUCUGAGACCCUCUGGAGGGGUGCUGCUGGGGGGCUCUGGAGUGGACAUGCAGAUGCAGACAGGACAGGACAAAGGACUAGGGAAUGCUGAGGAGUCCACCCUGCCAUAUGCAUCUUACGCUGGCUGUGUGAAUGGGUCAGAGGUGAAGCUGGAAGGGGUUCACACCAUGGCUGCCCAGAAUGGCGGCUCCUCUGUUCUGACAUUCAGCUCCCCAUCAGGCGCUCUGCAGCUGGGUGGCUACAGCCUGGUCCAGGUACCAAGUGGAGUCUCUGACAGCGAUGGCAGCUCAUUACUCAACAGCGACGUAGGUCUUCCUCCCCUGCAGCUUUCUUCUGCCUCCUCUUCUUCAACAAUUACACAACAAGGUACCAUGGCUCUGAAUAAUGUAGCAGUGAGUUCCUCCAGUGGCGACUCAUUCGAGCAGCAGGACAAACUGACCAUGGCAUCUUUGCACCACAGUACGGUUCUCUACAGCAUGAGCAAUAGCGGCCAGCCAUCCAUCAAGAAGGAGCCUCUGGAGGGAGGUGUUUAUUCCUCGUACCAUCACGGGCUCCACUUGGACCCCAGUGGUCAAAUCAACUACUCCGGUUCAGAAGAGAUUUCCUCCAGCCGAGGUCCCGCCUCAACCGCCGAGGUCACUGCCGUCAGCUCAUCCAGCCCGGACUCAGAGGUCUACACCACCCUCACUGUCAGUACACCCCUGAUGGCUCAAACAGAACCGAGCAACCACCACCUCCAGCCCACAGAGUACCUUGGGGGCCACGAGGUCCGAGGGGCACCGUCCUCACACCUGAUGGGCCCCGGCAUGAACAACAACUACAUGAACCUUUCAGAGAGCAAGGUGGAUGGCUCGGGUUCAGGAAGCAUGAACGAAAUGGUGCGGGCAAUGUGUGGGGAGAUGGAGGCUACGGAGGGAAAGGAGCUGGCCAAACUACAGACAGUGCAGAUGGAUGAGGACAUGGCUGACCUUUAACCUCAAACCUCUCCCUUUUGCAGAAGCACUCAAGUCCGCCCAAGCAGUGAUAUGAUGAAUCUUUUUACUCCUUUUUGUGUGCGUGUGUGUGGGUUGUUUUUUUGUUUUUGUUUUUUUUUUAAAAACAUUCAUUUCCUUUUCAAUGUUAAAUUAUUUGCAUUCAUUUGACUUUUACAAUGCACUCAAGUCAGAGAGGAGCCUAGUAGGUGAGCUUUAUCAGUUUAUCACGAAAUAAUAAUAAUAAAAAAAGCCUGUGACAUGUUUUAAAAGCCCAGCUUCCUAAGACGAAACAUUACGAUGGUGAUGUGCUAACAGAAGACGUUGCUGUAAGCGUUUAAGCCGUGUCUAAAUGUGCAUUUUUAUAGACUGCACCUGCUACUUCCUGUUGAGUGGAUUUGAUCUGCAGAAGCAGGUGCUGGAAAGCCUCGAGUCAUGUGACAAGGAUGUUCCUCCAAACUAAAUGCGUCAUCUGGGUCAAACCAAAAAGGUCAUGCUGUAGGGGGAACAGCAAGUGAGCCUCUAUGAUAAUGGUCAGUUAAACAGCAACAGCUUUACUGAAGGACUGCACACGCGUUUAUAAAGAGAAUAGGUCACUAAACACACAAAGCUGCUGAUUUGGGGGUGGGGGAGUGUCCUUCAGUAAGCACUUUAGAUUGUCUACAAAAGCCUCACAAAUCAGUACUAAAAAGUGCAGCUUUUUGUGCUUUAACUCAUACCAAAUGAGCUGGGAGGGUUCAAAAAUGGGACAACAUUUAAGACAAAAUGUGCCUUUCUGCUACUUAACAUACACAAUGGCAUUGGCCUGUUUGGGCAUUUGCACUACCAUAGUGACAAUACAACGGAUGUGUUUCAAACAGCCUUUGUGUUGAGGGUUUUGUCAUGUGUGACACACCUCAACAAACGCACAACCCUCUCGGCAAUGGCUCCUAUUUCAAGCCUCAUCAUCAACCUGUGAGACCAGCAUAUGAACGAUGAUCAAAAAGGUCAGCUCGCACGCUGGACGUCACAUGUUUUUUCUAAUGCUGCAGCUAAUAGUAUGUCAACUUGAUGUGGUGACACCGUGCUGUAUCAUCUUCCAUUAUGACCCGUCUCCAUGAUGUCAGUGAUCACGAAUUAUAUUUUUUCUGUAAAAACCAGGUGCAAACAUCACGUAUGCUUUCGAAAAGUAUAAGGAACAAAGGGACAGAAGUUAUGGACGUGACUAAGUGGACAAAUUGUGUUUUUGUUUUUUAAAUCGUCCCACUUUAAAAACAGAGAGAGAUUGUGGUCAUUUCUCUUUGCGUGGCAUCAUCGUGUUUGGGACACUUGUGCCUUGUACUUUUUUAAUCUUUGUCUUGUGACUAACAUAAAAUGAAGCUCUGUUGUGGCUCGUGCGCUGCCACGCAGCUUCAGAGAUUUCCCACUGUCACCGUCGCCGGGACAUUAGUCGGGUAUCAACUGAGGGAAAGACACAGGAGUGCAGAGCCCAUUUGCUUUUCACAGCAGGAGUUCUCGCUUUCAUACGUGACCGUAAGCGGGACAUUUCAACCUCAUGGCCAACUUGCACCAUGCAUAUUUAUCAGUGGAUCUACAUGCUAGUGGCCUCGUAACACUUUUCUUGAGGAUCUGUGACAUGAUCCUCUCAUUUGAGUGGGCAUUUCAGUGAAAGUAUCCUCAGUGCUUUAAUGUCAUAAACCAAAAACGAGUUGUGGGCAAAAGAUAGUCUUUUUUGUGUCUUUGUUGCUUUUUGUUUUUUAAUCUUAGUUUGAAUUAUAUGUUUGUUAUCUGAAAUUAUGUGAAUGUAUUUUUCUAAAUCUCCAUACUGCAAUAAAAGUUUAUAUUUAUAAAAA